UCAGUCCUUCGCGAGCCGACACUGGAGGCAGCAGUGGCGGCAGCGAUAGCGCCCCGAAUCCGCAGCGCUGCCCUCUCCGCGCGCCUCCAACCCCGACGGCAUGGCCCGCAGCUCGCGCUCCGAGCGCCCCCAACCCCACUGAUUGCUGCUACGGCCCCGGACCCGCGCGCAGGGCCCCGAGCCGCAGGGAUGAGCUGCGUGGAGUAGUGAUUACCGCUUGGGAAUGCGGGUGUGAAGGGUCCGAGCUGCCGCCCAGAGGGGAGGAGACCCCAGGACGCCGGAAAUCACCAUCCUGAAGCUACGAGAAAAGAGGAAAGAGCGAUCUUCAUUCAGUUUUGUGCCUUGCGAGGGAUUUACAUUUUUAAUCGCUAUUUUUUUUUUAAUAUCUCCGCGCUACUGUCUGUCAUCGUCUCUGGAGAAUCAACCAGAACCACCAGAACGUAACUGAACCGAUAGAGAGAGAGCAGGGCAGGAGCAGAGUCAGUACCUGCAGCGCCCGGGCAUCGGAGACCUUGGAACCAGAACGCGUCUCGGGAGGCCACGGGGCUGCGGCUCCGCCAAACUUUGGGGCGGGCAGGAGCGCCAAGGGGCUUCGUAGACGGAGGGCGGCCCCCUAACCAUGAUGUUUCGCGACCAGGUCGGGGUGCUGGCGGGCUGGUUUAAGGGCUGGAACGAGUGCGAGCAGACUGUUGCACUGCUGUCGCUGCUCAAGCGCGUAAGCCAGACCCAGGCCCGCUUCCUUCAGCUCUGCCUGGAGCACUCGCUGGCCGACUGCGCGGAGCUGCACGUCCUGGAAGGAGAGGCCAACAGCCCGGGAAUCAUUAACCAAUGGCAACAGGAAUCCAAGGAUAAAGUGAUUUCCCUUCUGCUAACUCACCUGCCUUUGCUGAAGCCAGGAAACCUCGACGCGAAAGCAGAGUAUAUGAAACUGCUGCCCAAGAUCCUGGCACACUCGAUCGAACACAACCAGCACAUUGAGGAGAGCAGGCAGCUGCUGUCCUAUGCUUUGAUCCACCCAGCCACUUCCUUGGAAGACCGCAGUGCACUUGCCAUGUGGCUGAAUCACUUGGAGGACCGCACAUCCACCAGCUUUGCUAGCCAGAACCGAGGCCGCUCGGACUCCGUGGAUUAUGGACAGACGCACUACUAUCACCAAAGACAGAACUCUGACGACAAGCUCAAUGGCUGGCAGAACUCUCGGGAUUCUGGGAUUUGCAUCAGCGCCUCCAACUGGCAGGACAAGAGCCUGGGCUGUGAGAACGGCCAUGUGCCCCUCUACUCUUCCUCCUCUGUCCCUGCCACAAUUAACACGAUUGGAACCGGCGCAAGCACGAUUCUCUCAGGCCAGGCACACCACAGCCCUUUGAAACGAUCUGUGUCCCUUACCCCACCCAUGAAUGUGCCAAACCAGCCUCUAGGACAUGGAUGGAUGUCUCAUGAGGACUUACGAGCUAGAGGAUCUCAGUGCCUCCCAUCCGAUCAUGCCCCCCUGUCUCCACAAAGCAGUGUAGCCUCUUCAGGAAGUGGUGGGAGUGAACACUUAGAAGAUCAGACCACUGCUCGUAACACAUUCCAAGAAGAAGGUAGUGGUAUGAAAGAUGUUCCAGCUUGGUUAAAAAGCCUCCGCCUGCACAAGUACGCUGCGCUCUUCUCGCAGAUGUCUUAUGAGGAAAUGAUGGCCCUCACUGAGUGUCAACUGGAGGCUCAGAAUGUUACCAAAGGCGCAAGACACAAAAUUGUAAUCAGUAUUCAGAAGCUCAAAGAAAGACAGAACCUCCUGAAGUCUUUGGAAAGGGACAUCAUCGAAGGGGGCAGCCUGCGCACCCCCCUCCAGGAGCUACAUCAGAUGAUCCUGACACCCAUCAAGGCCUACAGCUCUCCCAGUACCACCCCUGAGGUGCGCCGCCGGGAGCCCUCACUGAUGGAGAGCCCAAGCCCUGACUGCAAAGACAGCGCCGCAGCAGUCACCAGCGCCACAGCCAGUGCCUCAGCCGGUGCCAGCGGUGGACUGCAACCACCCCAGCUGAGCAGCUGCGACGGAGAGCUGGCUGUCGCCCCUCUGCCGGAGGGGGACCUCCCGGGACAGUUCACCCGAGUCAUGGGGAAAGUGUGCACACAGCUCUUGGUCUCCAGACCUGAUGAAGAAAAUAUAAGCUCCUAUCUACAGCUCUUAGACAAGUGUCUCGUUCAUGAGGCAUUUACAGAGACACAGAAAAAAAGAUUGUUGUCAUGGAAACAGCAGGUGCAGAAGCUCUUUCGGUCUUUCCCUCGGAAAACCCUUCUAGACAUAUCAGGAUAUCGACAGCAAAGAAAUCGUGGCUUUGGGCAGUCCAACUCCCUCCCAACAGCCAGCUCUGUGGGCAGUGGCAUGGGCAGACGGAACCCACGACAGUACCAGAUCGCAUCUCGGAACGUCCCUUCCGCCCGUCUUGGUCUCCUGGGCACCAGUGGAUUUGUCAGCUCCAACCAGCGCCACACCGCUGCCAACCCCACCAUCAUGAAACAAGGAAGACAGAACCUCUGGUUUGCCAACCCUGGGGGUAGCAACAGCAUGCCCAGCCGCACCCACAGCUCCGUCCAGAAGACCCGCUCGCUGCCCGUGCAUACUUCCCCACAAAACAUGCUGAUGUUCCAGCAACCAGAAUUUCAACUUCCCGUGACUGAACCUGACAUCAACAAUAGGCUGGAGUCCUUGUGCCUCAGUAUGACGGAGCAUGCCCUGGGAGACGGGGUUGACCGGACCUCCACAAUCUAGAAACUGAAGAUGACAGUGACCGCGCUGGCCGUGAAAUGGACUGCUGCGGGCCCAGUGUCAGCCAUCUUCAGGGUUGCAGAGACUCUUCCAAGACACUUUGCAGCCUUUUUCCCCUGGUCCCUCGCCCAUUUUGAUUUUGUGAGAGCGUAGGUCAUCCUUGUAAACAUAUCAGUAGACCUGGGGUUGGUUAUGUUGUCAUUUGUUUCUGUCACGGGAUGGGACGGUAUGCAGGGUGGGGAGGGGACUCUCGGGGGAAUGUGGGGCUGGGAGGGGGUGGAGGGAUGCUAGUGGCUUCCUGGAUGGAAAUGGAGUGGGGAAGAAUAUUGCUAGGUGAGAUAUGCAAGAGACACACAGGAGGGAGGUAGAAGCCCUGCCCUGGGGAGCCUUCUCAGAGCCCGGCUUCACAGUCAGGCUGCAGAAGACAGUGGACACAAGCAAGGAGAGCAAGAUGGCGGCCAGCCUGUUUGUGGCUCCCCUGACCGGAUUUCCCUGAGGCCCGGCUUGAAACAACCACAAGAGAGGGCUAUAUGGCACCAAGGGCAAGAGGAAGAAAUUCCCUCCAGCAAACUUUCAGAUAAACUUUGAUUUGUGUAUUGUUUACAUAAGAAUUUUAAAGGGUACAUAAUGUGUAGAGUGUGGAUAGAACUUCUCUUCAUACUAUGGGUUUUUUUGUAAAAGACUAAUUAUUGUUAUGGAUUCAUUCUGUCUCAUCUAUUUUUAUAAUAGCAGCAGGGUUGUCUUUUUAAAAAAAAACAAAACAGCUGCCAAGCUCUGCUUCUUGGGAAGAUGAUUACAGUCAAGUAGGCCUCAAGUUACCGUCUUCAACCAUGAGGUGGGAGGAGUGUGUGGAUGGGUCUGAAGGAUAAGGAUGUGGCUGAGACGAACAGAGUACUAGGUGUGGACACCAGGAUGAUGGCGCUGUGUGAUCAGUUAUGGAUUUGCUCAUAGGCUAUCUAGAGAUGAUAAACUCUGCAACCUCUUUCUGGGCUGGAUUUGCAUCCCACGCAAGACCUGUUUUUUUGCUCCCCACCUCCCCACAGGCUCCAUCCUACCAGCCCCGGUCUCACUCCACAGACACACAUGUGGAUAACAGUCCCUCUAGAAGAGGAAACACAAGGGUAGAUGGUUUUCUUUUGCAUGAAGCCUGACACUGAAACAUCUGUGAUGGAGACUUUGCAGGAGCCUAGGCCUGGGAGUCAUAUCUCUUCUCACUCCAUCUCUGCCAAAGAAGAAUGGCCCAGCAGUAGUGUCACAGAGAGAAUGCAGAGAUGCAGUAGGUCCUCGUGGUCCAGCUCCACCAUGGGCAGAAAAGGGGACAAUGAAAACAGAAGCAGGAAAGGUUAAGUUCAUGAGAGAAGUGGUUGCUCUCUCUAUGCAUGUGAGUCAGAGAUUUGCUGUGUUGUGGGAUGGUUUAUCCAACCACGCACAGGAAAGAGAAAACCUCCACACGUACAUUACACAGCUCGAGAUUAACUGUAACACCGUGCGGGAAUAGAUCUAUUUCUUAAGGGCAACAAACAAUAGUUCAGAAUUUAAUGCAAUGAAGGAUAUCAGAGGGAAUCCAAAAGAAAUUAUGUGCCACAAGGGAGAAUUAGCUGCGUAAAUGUGACGGUAUGAGUGAGUAGCCGGAGGCAUGAUCUAGAACAUAAGGCCUGUCUAGUAAAUGGGUAAGACAGAUUCCUCUUUUAAAAAAAAAAAAAAAAAAAAAAGUGACAUUUAAAACCAGACCAUGCAAAUGACUUUGCCUAUGGUUUUUUUUUUUCAAGUUAAUGAAGUGCACACAGACUCUAAAGGCCUUAAUAAAAAUCCACACAACUGUGUUUGCCUGUCAAGAUUACAGAUGUACAACCUAGCCAAGCCUUGGAUGCUACAACAGAGAUUUUGAAGUCCUUUUACAGGGCAGGGCCAAGGGCACCUUAAGAAGAUUGAGCUUUUAGUGAGCACGGACGACUUGGAUCAUCACCCCAAUCAGCACUUUAUAACAACACCAGAAACAAAAGAUGCAGGACACUCCUUGGGUGACCAGGUCUUGAAGAUGCAAAUUCAUGUGCAGAAAGAGGCAGCAUGUUUAAUUUUUAUAUGUAGAUAGAUAGAUAUUUUUUUUAACCAAGUGCCAUUAACAUUCAUCCCUCGUGUCCCUUUCCAAGCUCAGUGUUGGGGAAGGAGCUGGGAUGGAGAAUCAAUCCCAUGUCAGGCAGAAUAGGUUAAAAUGUCGAAGGCCAAAGGGAAGGCCAGAGGGUCUGAGGAAGUGUUUGGAGGAUGCUGGAAAGGUUAACAGAGAGGAACAACAGGACUUCUCGUCCUGUAGGAAGGAGAAGGUGUUUAAGUCCGCUACACGCAACGCACGUACCCAUAAGGUCGUGGGAUAUUCAGAAACCAGUUUGUGAACACAAUCACACGAGUGCGAAUCUUUUAAGAGGAAGAAGACCAUAGAGUAUAUUUGCAAAUCUGAAUUUCUAUUUAUUCCUUCAUUGAAUAUAGAAGCAAUGGUUAUCUGAUUAUUAGAGAUAUUAUUUUGGAUAUGUCACUUAUUAACUCGCUAUGGCUGGUACCCAUGAUAAAGUCUGUUAUUCGUAACAACAGAAUUCUUUUUUUUUAAAAAAAAGAAAAGCUUAUUUUUCAUUGACUGUAUAGAUUUAUCUACUUAGUUGUGGUUUGCUAUGUUAGUGUUUUUAUUUUUAUUUUUUAAGUUGUGUUCUGAUGAUUUUUAAGAGCCUCCCCCCCCCCACCUUGAUUUGAGUCCUGUGUUGACUGCAGGUAUACAGCUCAAUUUAAAAAUCCUAAAGCAAAGAAAUUUUAUUUAUUAAAAAAAAAAAAAAGAGUCGAACAGUUGCAUGCCUGAGGCUGUGAGGUGACCUUUGGGAAUAAGCUGCAGUGCCUUUUUUUGUAUUUACUCAUUGACCACCCGCCCCCAUACAGCUGUUUUGUAUUAAAUAGUAAAGGUUUGAAACUUUCUGAGUAAAGUCUAUUUCACUGCAUAGGUUCUCCCCGCCUCCNCCCCCCCCCCCCCCCGCCCCCACCUGCACCUCGGGCGCCCUGAUUUAGGCAGCAUGUCUGCACUGUCUGAGACACAAUGCUGGUCUACAAUAUCAUGGGUGAUGUUUUAUUGGUGCUUUUUUGUUCAUAGUGUUUUCUUACCAGAAAACAGUAGGAAGAAACACAAACUGUACAAGACACAACACGACUGCUGCUGCUGGUUUGUUUUGUGUGUUCCCCACCCCCACCUGCUUUUUGAGUUUCACUUUCUUAUUACACAAAUCCAGCAAGCAAAGUAGCCGCCAGGUGGGUCCCGCCCGCCUGCCUAGGGCUGCUAUUUGCAUCAAGCGCUCAGCCUGGGUUGAGCUGAAGGUCUCUUUCUGGUACCCAGGCCGGGAGCCGCAGCUGGGCCCCACCUCCUAUUCUCCCGAUGCGACACUGAGGGAAACCAGAGUUUCUUUUGAGGUGUCGCUGGCUGCCUUUUACAGAGUGGGCAUCUUCUCUGGGCCUUCCUUUCCUCUGUGCCUCUAGUAGCUAGCUAGCGCUGGUGCAAGGUUUGUAGAUCUGUGCACCCCAGAGCUAGGAUGAGGGCCGAGCGAUGGAGGGGAGGAAAGUGGAUUCUGUUGGGCGCCCUUCCUCUCUAGCCUGAGUGGGGAGAACCCACCCUGCCCAGGGUGCUCAGGUGUGUCUAUCAUAAACAGAACCUGCAGAAGAAUAAGUUGUACACAGAGCUGCGAUGAUAUCUGUGUUGGCUUUGUUUUUCAGUUUGUUUUUCUUUUCUUUUUUUUUACAACUCAUCAGAGAUGUUUGCAAAGCGACUUUUUUUUUUAAAUCCUUUAUCUUGACUUAAAGGUGAAUAUGUAUCCCUCUGGGAGGAGCAAGAAGAAAGCAGGAGUGUUAGUGAUGGCAAACAGGAGACUUCCUCCCUUAUUAAUAUAUAACCCUCACGUAUUUAUGCCUAACGCAAGCUGACUUUCAAAGAGCUUCCUUUCGUUGCAUGCCCUGUGCAGGCAUCUGUAUUGUACAUGCAUGCCUUUUGUCCUGGUUUCCUGUAUAAAGUUAGUGAACAAAGAAAUAUUUUUGCCUAGUUCAUGUUGCCAAGCAAUGCAUAUUUUUUAAAUUUGUCAUACAUGGAAAGAGCAUGUUUGUUACAUGUGAAAGCUCUACUGAUGCAGAUACACUAAUGUUUGAACAUGCUGUUCUUUGCAAGUGUACAGUUUUCAAAUGUUGUUACCAGUGACAACACCCUUGUGGUCUAAACUUGCUACAAUGUAUUUAUUAUUCAUUUCCUCCCACAGAAAUAAGAAUCAUGGCUAUAUUUCAUAUGGUUAUAUUGAGAGUGAAGGGAAAUGAUUAAUACAAGGUUUUGUAACA